AUGCCUGCGACUCAGGGAGACCCCCCUGCCCUCCCGGCCACGGCCGAGGAGGUCAGAGACUUUGAUACAUUCACCUUUGUGAUCAACAAGCUGACUUCAUGUGUCAGCUCAGCAAUAAAUGAGGGAAAAAGUGUAACUGCGGUGAAUAAGCGCCUGAUUAGUCUGGCCAUGGAGGAAAUCCGCCGGGCUGCCCGAACCCUAAACAGUGUUAACACCAUCGCCUCUCCCAGCGCAUCAGCCCUGGGGGAAAUUAAAGAAGAAAUCGUGGCCUGUGUCCGCGAGGAGAUGACUGGUUUAAGGAAACUGGUCAACACAGUGAAAAAACCAACCUACGCCCAGGCUGUCUCUGCGGCCAGUGGGGCUUCUACAUCUGUGGGAGGGCCUGCCCCCCGCACCGUACCAACUAUCUCAAAGCCUGCCGUAAUCAUCACCCCGGCUAAAGAUGUUAAAACGCGUCAGGAGGCUGUUGAAUUAUUUAGGAAAAGUAUAUCAUAUAGGAACUCCACUUAUGCACCGACUAGGGUUCAACCCGUAUCCAACAACAAACUCCGCGUGGAGUUUGAAAAUGUCUCACAAAGGGAUGACACGCUCACAAGGCUAGAGAAUAGCAAGGAUGUCAAAGCAGAACCCGUGCGUAUGCUUAAACCCAUGGUUAUUCUUAAGGGCAUAUCCAAGGAUGUUCCCUCGGAGGACCUGGUUAAGUUGAUCAGCAAGCAAAACCCUGAGAUAUCCCAUUUGAUUGAGGGUGAGGGUCGUGACGGUGAGGGCCUCCGACUCCGCUUUAAGCGAGGUAAUCGCAAUAGUAAUCUAUAUAACGCGGUGUUCCUGGCAGAGGCCAAGGUAUACCGUAAGAUUCUCGACUUAGGGAGGGUCUGCGUGGAUCACCAGAGAAUAACCGUGGACAGCUUUUCUCCGUUCUUGCAAUGCCACAAGUGCCUUCAGUUCGGACACAUGAGGUCCAAAUGCACCGCCACCGAAAGUCUUUGCUCGCACUGUGCUGGCUCCGACCACCAGGUGGACAAACGCCCUGUGAAAAAUGAGCCUCGCAGCGUCAAGUGCUAUAAUUGCACUUCUCACAAUGCCAGAUUUAAAUCCAACCAAGACUGCAAACAUACCGCUAAUUCCGAUAAAUGUCCCAGACUGCGAGCCAUGAAAGAUAAAAUAAAUCAAAGAGUCGACUAUGGAUUUGCACCAUAA